GGAAGUAUCCCGGGCUUGGGGGUGGGGGUUCGCCGCCGCACAGCUCCUGUCGCCGUCGCGGCUUCCGGUGCUAGGUGGAGGGAAGGAAGGAGGGCGCGGAGAAGCGGGCCCGCGGACCAGCUUCGCGGCGGUCGGCUCGGGGAGCGCGGAGGCAGCGGCCCGAGAGCCAGGCGGAACCUGCGGGGGCGGAGGUGGCGCUGGCAGCGGCAGCAGCGGCAGCCGCGGCGCCCGGAGCAGGAACAGGAUCAAGCCCUCCAUACCAGGGACCAGGCUAAACCCAGACUACCACUGCCCCUCCCUGGGUCCCACUGACCUCAGAAAGCAGCCACUGUAAUCAUGGGCAAUAUCUUUGGAAACCUUCUGAAGAGCCUAAUUGGGAAGAAGGAGAUGCGCAUCCUGAUGGUGGGCCUGGAUGCUGCAGGGAAGACCACCAUCCUGUAUAAGCUGAAACUGGGGGAGAUUGUCACCACCAUCCCUACCAUUGGGUUUAAUGUGGAAACAGUGGAAUAUAAGAAUAUCAGCUUCACAGUAUGGGAUGUAGGUGGCCAGGACAAGAUUCGGCCCCUCUGGAGACACUACUUCCAGAACACCCAAGGCUUGAUAUUUGUGGUGGACAGCAAUGAUCGGGAGCGAGUCAACGAGGCCCGGGAGGAGCUGAUGAGGAUGCUGGCAGAGGAUGAGCUCCGGGAUGCUGUGCUCCUUGUGUUCGCAAACAAGCAGGAUUUGCCGAAUGCUAUGAACGCUGCUGAAAUCACAGACAAGCUGGGGCUGCAUUCUCUGCGCCACCGCAAUUGGUACAUUCAGGCCACCUGUGCGACCAGCGGGGACGGGCUCUAUGAGGGCUUGGACUGGCUGGCCAACCAACUCAAGAACAAGAAGUGAGAGCAGGCAGCCCCGUCUGACUGCCCCACCCACUCCGCCACGUACCUGUUGUCUCCCUCCCAUAUUUCCUUCCUGCCUCCUGAAAGUGUGGCCAGUCCUGGGUAUCAUGUUUACGUGCCCAGCAAGAGCCUUGCCUCCUGUGCCUCCCUCCCUCCCUCUCUCCCUCCCUCCCUCCCUCCCUGUCACUGACAUGAUCAGUCCCCCACUGCUGUCCUGAUGAUGAAUCAUUCCAAUUUACUGGAUUUAAAACAAACGAGGCUGUUAUGGUUUCAUGGGGUGGUCUCCCUGCUGGGCUUCAGGAGGAAGAGGGGCUGUUCUUUCCGGGGGCUGUUUGGCACUGGCUCCUUCCCUGUCCCCCUGGCCACUCUGCCCCAGCUUCCUUUCCUCCUAACCCUCUCCUGUUCUACAUGGAAAUUGCACGGGCCUCUCUGUGUGUGCGUGCAUGUGUGCGCCUGUAUAUACGUGUAUAGAGAGAUAUAUAUGUGGGGGUCGGGGGAGGGAGUGGAGAGCAGCUCGGGGCUUGCGGCCAGGACACUGCCCAGGGGAGCCCGUCAUCUGCCCUCUGUGUUGGUGAGAUCAGGGGGAAAUGGGGGUGGGUCCCGUUGCUUUCCUCUCCGCAGGAGGUGUUCCUGAUGUUAGGACAGAUGGUGGACUCUGCAGCCGUCUUCCUUGUAUUUCUUCUCCACCCUUAUGAGCGUGAGAAACGGCAUUUUUCUCUAGAUGACUGUUCCUACGAGAUGCCGUCCUGUGCUGCCUCGUUGGUGGGAAGGAGAGAGGAACCCGCUCACUUUGAUCAGUCCUCCCCACCAUCAUGAGAUCCUCCCCAGAAGCUCAGAGGGAGGUGGGUUGUGGGACCUGCAUGGCCAGGGGUGGAGCAUGAUCUAUUUCCAUCUUGUUCUUGUUACUAGAAGGUAAGGUGUGGAGCAUCCUGCCUCUGCCCUCCUGGACCUUCCUCAGUCUUCCGAGCUUGGGCCUGGGUGGCUCCAUCUGUCCUUGGGCAGAUUCUCUCACCUAGUAGUCCUGCUGGCCUGCUGGGGACCGACCAGGUGGGGUAACAGAAGCCAUGGCGUAGGGGUGACCUAGCAGACCUCAGUAUCAACCCCUGUGCUCCAGUCUCUUUCUAGUGCAGGACCAGCUAAAGACGAUGUUCGGCUGUGUGCGGGCCUCAGACCCUCCUUGCUUUCCUCAGUCCUCACACACGACCCUGAAUAGGUUUAGGGGGUUAGAAUGGAGGAAACAGGACCCUGUGCGGCUGGUGUUGGGACAGUGAUAAUCGGGGCCUCCUUUCUCCAUCCUGUGGUGGUCGGAUGCUGCUGCGGGUCUGUAGGAGGCCCUUGCUUACUCCUGAGGCUCUGACCUGGGUCCUGCCCCAGUGAGGCCGUGGCUGCCCUGUGGGCUCCUGUGUGUGCUGGCUGCGCCCUGAGCUCCAAACCAGCUGUCGUAACCUCUCUGCUAAGGCCAGGACCCUGGGCCCUCUGCAGGAUGGCUGAGGGACGGACCCCUGCCAGAAGGCCCUGCUGAGCUCCACUCUGGCCGGGUUUCCUGCCGGCUUUGUCCACAGCAGGCAGAUCAGUUCCCCAGCCUACCCCAGCCGAACUGAGAGGUUCCAGGGGUGUCUCCCUCAGUGCACUUAGUGCUGUGUUACUAAACCCCAGAUACCGUGUGUGUGUGUGUGUGUGUGUGUGUGUGUGUGUGUGUGUGUGUGUGUGUGUGAUGUGUGUGUGUGUGAUGUGUACCUGGGGGGUGCCGGGUGUUCUGUUUCCUUUUACAGUGAGUUAGUUCAUCACUCUCACUCCGGACACUGCCCCCCCCCACUUUCUGAUUUUCCCCUCUGUUGCCACUCUGUGAGCUCUGCUUUGCCUUCUCAGUUCCUUCACUGUUGUGGCCUGUUUGUUUUUCUUUUCCUUGUUUUUGUCUUCUGUUUGAUUUUCUCCCCUCUUUGUGAGUGGUGAGGACUGUGCCUCUUCCUCUGCCGCGCUUUCUGACCUUGCCUCUUAGGUAGUAGUUCCACAUAGGUUUCGUGCAUCGCAGGCCUCAGUCCACCCCACCCACUGCCCCAGCAUCUUGGUUUUCUCAGCCUCCUGGGACCAGCCUGAGGCCGAGCAGGCUGAGGCAGCUGAAGAUGUUGACUUGAUGCUGCUCCAGAUAUGUCCAGCAGGGGGCAGUAACAUCUUGGUAACAUCUCUGGCUCCUGGGGGGAGGUGGGGGACGGGCCUUUCUAUGUUCCCAUUCACCUAACAAGUCCUUAGGGGUUGGGGGUUCCAUUCCAUUUCUGUAAACUCCCUCUCCGGCUUUUCUGAAGUUGGUUUAAUUGUUGAUCUUCCUUGUUCCAGCUUUCUUUCUGGGGAUUCCCCCUUCCUUCCCUCUGCCUCCUCCGAAGUUUGUGGUGUUACAGUGGUAUCUGCAGUUCUGAAGUGGGAUUUUCUUUUUCCUUUCUCUGGAAUGUAGACUGUAUAUGUUUAAUAACUCACCUUCUCUAUCCUUGCUCAAAAAUGUGGGAUAAUGCAAUGACUGUGACCCUGGUUGGAAAUUAAACUUGUCUUAUGCAGCUUUG